CUUCGUGCUGAAAGGACAAAAUCGGAAUAGGGUUAACCUUAUUUGGAUAUCCGACUUGUCGUUUUUUUCCUCUGUGUUAUCUUCAAGUUCCUACUCCAAAAGGCUUUCCCUUCAUUUCUCUCUCACUGUCUGCCAAAACUAUGUCUCUCCUUCCUUGUAAGCUUUUCUGUGUUCGGCCUCCUAACCCUAACCCUAGGCUUCCCUGUUCCGGCGUUGGACUCCGUUAUCAUUGUCCCCAAACAUUCCGAGUGUUCAGUGCUAAGAGGAGCGGCAAGCAGAGGUACCCAUCCGAGAAGAAGAAGAUCAAAUUGAAACACAAGGAAACUUUAGCUGAAGUUAAGACCAGGAACAAGUUCCAGGGCAUUUGGAGGCUGUCUAAGCUUGGUGUUACGGUGGAUAAGGACCCUGGAAAAGACUUUCUCGGCGUCUCCGAUGGCUUGCUUGAAGCGAUUGCUAAAGUGCUUGAGUUUCCGGUUGCAGAGAUGUUGCCAUCAGAAGCAUUCACAGUUGUUCGGAAAUCUUUCGAUGCAAGGAAGAAAAUAAAGGAGCCCAAAUUCGUGUACAUAGUGGACAUGGAUGUCGAGAAGCUUGUAAGUCUAGAGGCUCGUACUGAGGAUUUCAUAUCUAUGUUGGAGCCUAGAGUUGGAUUGGUGGAACAUAUGCCUCACAGAAAAAUAUCUGAAGAUUUGAUCAACCUAGUACAUGACUGUAAAAAGAUCCCUGAAGAUACAAUUCGAAGUGAAAGCGGGCAUAAAAUUUACUCUCCAUCAGGGAGAUCCAACAUGUAUCAAACAGCUACAAAACCAAAAAUUGCAGUUGUGGGUAGUGGACCAUCAGGGCUUUUCGCUUCCCUAGUUCUUGCAGAACUUGGUGCAAAUGUUACCUUAAUAGAAAGAGGUCAGCCUGUCGAACAGAGGGGACGUGAUAUUGGAGCUUUGGUUGUACAAAGGAUGUUACAAACAGAAAGCAACUUUUGCUUUGGGGAGGGUGGUGCAGGUACCUGGAGUGAUGGAAAGCUACUAACUAGAAUUGGAAGAAACAGUGAUAGCGUUUUGGCGGUUUUAAAAACUUUUGUGCGCUUUGGAGCUCCGAAAGGAAUCAUGGUAAAUGGGAAGCCUCAUUUGGGAACAGACAAACUGAUUCCUUUACUUCGCAAUUUUCGGCAACAUCUACAAAAUUUGGGUGUUACUAUCAAGUUUGGGAAGAGGGUAGAUGAUCUCCUUGUAGAGGAUGCACAUGUUGUAGGUGUUAAAGUUACUGAUUCAGGCGACAGUCUACGGUCUAAUUGCCAGAAAUGGGGAUAUGAUGCUGUUGUUUUAGCUGUUGGGCAUUCUGCACGUGAUAUUUAUGAAAUGCUUCUUUCUCAUAACGUGGACUUGGUCCCCAAAGACUUUUCUGUGGGUUUGCGGAUUGAGCACCCUCAAGAAGUAAUAAACAGCAUACAGUAUUCUGGACUGGCAACUGAGGUUCGAAGUGGACGUGGGAAAGUACCAGUAGCAGACUACAAACUUGUCAAAUAUGUUGGUGGAGAGGAAGGAGACACAUGUGUUGGGGCAAUGAAUCGUAGUUGCUAUUCUUUUUGUAUGUGUCCUGGUGGUCAGGUUGUUCUCACCAGUACAAAUCCAUCAGAAAUUUGCGUCAAUGGUAUGUCAUUUUCUCGACGAGCUUCCAAAUGGGCAAAUGCUGCAAUUGUUGUGUCUGUCUCAACUGAGGAUUUCCAUUCAUUGAAUUUCCAUGGACCUCUUGCAGGGGUUGAAUUUCAGAGAGAAUUUGAAAGAAAAGCUGCUAUAAUGGGUGGGGGGAAUUUUGUGGUGCCUGUGCAGACAGUUACCGACUUUCUUGAUAACAAAUUGUCAGUGAUAUCUGUGCCACCAUCAAGUUACCGGCUAGGAGUGAAGGCUGCAUCUCUCCACGAGUUGUUCCCCACUCAUCUAACAGAAGCUUUGCAGCAUUCAAUCUCAAUGUUUGACAAAGAGUUACCAGGAUUUAUCUCAAAAGAAGCCCUCCUUCAUGGAGUGGAGACUAGGACCAGCUCCCCUGUCCAGAUUCCCCGCAGCAUUGACACUUAUGAGAGCGAAUCACUUAAAGGACUCCACCCUGUUGGUGAAGGAGCAGGUUAUGCAGGAGGGAUUGUAAGUGCAGCAGUCGAUGGCAUGUAUGCAGGUUUUGCUGUGGCAAAAAGUUUCGACUUAUGCAGUGGUGGCAUAGAGUCCAUUUUGGGGAAGGCUCAGAAUCCUGGAGUUGUGAAGUACUAGGAGCAUAUUCAGUUUUCCAGACGGUUUGCAGUACCCCACAAAUACAUGCACAAUCAUCCAGAUGUCAUUUCCAAGGAGCUGACAUAGAAAGUUAACUCAAAACUCUGGUAUGGAACUUGAGCAAGCAUACUACAUUUUCGAAACUCUGCUUGUUAAGAUUUCUUCUUUGACUUGCUGGUAAAGAUUCAAAUUCAGCUUAUGAAGUAGCAGGGGGUUUAUACCAGUCUGAUGAAAAAUCAAGGAGAUAAUACAAAUACCAGGUGUAAUACUUGCAUUGAUUUUACAAAUCAUUUUUUCAUUUGCUUUGAAUCCAGAGUUGAAGUGGUUGCAAAAGUUUAUUGAAAAGAGCAUCUCCGAAAAAUGAUGUUGAUCGUUAACCUGACAGUACCAUAGUUCUCAAGGUGUUUUGGUAACAAUUCCGGCAAUAUAUGCAACAUUAUUUUCUGUUAGAUCUUAUAAAAUCUAUAUCUUUUUGUAGUCAUACGAAUUUGAACUUACUCAAAAAUGCUAGUUGUUUGUAAUUUAGGAAGUGCUUACAAAUAUUCACUCUGUUCCAUGUGGAAAUUAGAUAGAUCCUAUAGAUUUUGUACAUCAAAAAGGUGAAUUUUAUGGUACAUAGGCCCCCGGGCAUGUGAACCAUAUUUUUUAAGUACACUUUAUCCCUUUAUUUUUAUUUUUUUCCCGUAAUCACAAGUAAAAGAACCCAAAUUUAGCAGAGUUUCACAUUGUUGUUUUUGCCA